AUGAUUUCAUCGUUCACGGGAAUGUUAAAAUGUUGUUGCACAUUGUUCUCUUCGAAGGGAAUUUCAGAAGGAUUCUCAGAUAAAGAAUUUAAAAUUAAUAAAGGUGGAGUGCUCGUGUCUGAAGAAGAUGAAGGUGAAGGUGAAGUUAAAGUUGUUAAAGAAGGUGAAGGUGAAGUUAAAGUUGUUAAAGAAGGUGAAGUUAAAGUUGUUAAAGAAGGUGAAGGUGAAGUUAAAGUUGUUAAAGAAGGUGAAGGUGAA